ACGACAUCGACUACUACCUCACAAAGCACAUGCCCAUGAUUCAGGAGCGUUGGGGAAAAUACGGUGUCACCAGCUGGUCAGCCACAAAAUUCAUCGAUGGGCUAGAUGGCUCGCCUUCCCUCUACGCCUUUGGAUCGGUUGUCAACUGGGACAAUGCGGGCCAAGUCAAGGCCGCCUUCGCUGGGCCUGAGGUGGCGGAAAUCAUGGGAGAUGUCUCGAACUUCAGCAACAAGCAGGCCAUUUUCCUCCUUGGCGAAGUUCUGCACUGAGGAAUUUCAUCGGGUCUGCGAACCCGGUAUGAUGCUUGAUUGUGGCAAGCUUGCAAAUGCAAGGGGCUAGUCAAUGGUAUUAUUUCAAGAGACCU